AUGGAUAAGAAACCCAUAUAUUUGUUUCUACUGUUUUAUAUACAAGCAAUCAUCCAUUGUGAUAAUCUCGUAGUAGCACAAUUACCCCGCCCUGAGAAUGUAAUCAGUAGAUGUAAAAAAGGUGAUUUCAAAUCCGACGCUUACAGCAAGCAUCUAGACUUUGCACUCGAUUCUCUUUCCAGUAGCAUUGGCAAUCCAGAGUACACAGGAUUCAAAAGCACCCAGUCUGGCGGCAAUCAGGGUGAAUUAGUUAACGCCGUUGUCCUUUGUCCUCCAUAUAUUAAGGCGGCGGAUUGUGCAGAUUGUAUUAAGAAAUCAGCCCAGCUUCUCAAAAGAGAUUGUCCCAAAAAAAAGGAAGCUGUAGUGUUUACGCUCGUAUCAGACCUGACAUCAUGCACGGUGCGUUAUGGUGAUUAUAAAAUUGAGGGAAAGUAUGAUCCUUGGGCUCGGGCAAGCUUCCAAAGCCCUAAGAAGGGUGCCAAUGAUCUUCAGUUACGUGGAACCUUUAGAAAUGCAUUUGACCAAAUGAGGAAAACGGCAGUAACAGGUGCAAAUGGAAUUCGUUUUGCAAAGUUGUCUACAAAUUAUGGGAAUACUCGGCGCCCUAUUUACUUUACGCUUCAAUGUACCCCUGAUAUAUCUCAAGAGGAUUGCAAAGAUUGUUUAUAUUGGGCAGGACAUGGACUUGAGAACAUCCCAAUUGAUGAAGGAAAAAUGUCUGGAAGAAGUGUUUCUACCCAUUGCUAUGCACGGUACUCGCAUGACCCUUUUUUCCCAGACAAGUACUGA